UGAACACUCCGACGCCGAGCAUGGUGCGGAGAAGCAGUCAUCAGCCUCGAGAGUCGCGUUCGCAGCGCCCAACCACUUCGACGCCGAGUUCCAGCGUUCCUUCCAGUCCUGCUCUCCUCGCCACGCAGACACGCAAGCAGGCAGCAGCAGCGCCAGCGCCAGCGCCAGGAAUGAGCUCCAUAACGAGCACAACAACGACAGGUGCUGGCAGUCGCUCAUCGAAAAAGUCGCUGCUGCAUUUCCACAAGACUUGGCCCAGCUUGACCAUCCACAUCUCAUCUUCCACAGCAUGGACCAUCUCCUACGCUUCCCUUUUGCACUACACAAGCGUCCUGCUCUCCAUCUACAGCCUGUCUCAGCAUCCCACAUACCUCACCGCUCUAGGUGUGCUUCUCAGCACCGGCACGCUCGAAGUCAGAGCCAGAGCGGAAAAGUUGGGAUUGAGAAAGAUCUGCUUGGGUCUUUGCGCAGUGUUGACUGCUGCUCUGUUCAUCUUGGCUUGGCAGCCAUCUUCACCCGCUCGUAAAGAUCCGGAUCUUGAGCUGGACGUCAGGAAGCUUGUGAAAAUUGUAUCGAGUGCGAGUGCGAGUGCGGAUGCAGACGCGCAUGCUCGAGGGAUGGAUGUCUGUCUACGACAUCCCUCCGGUCUACUUCUGCGCUUAUCAAGCGCCCCGCGCGUGCUUCCCUACACAUCUGCAGCGCGCUCGUGCUCCUCGACGUCACAUCACGCGGGCUGGUCGGCAGGAAUACUCAUGAUGCAAUCCGCUCAGGAGCUCGUUGGCGUACACACCCACCGCACGUUCGAAGGAGAGGACGUGGAUGCGACCAAAGACCAAGAGCGGCAGUCUGAGUCGUCAGAAGAUGCAGAGGGCGGUCCGAGGUCGAGGUCGAAGAGGUUGUCGGUACGCAUGUGCGACCUUGCUCGCGAUGCUGCAUCGACAGAAGAGGAUGCCAUGGAUUCGUCUGGCAUGCCGCCGCCACUCGUAUUGCAGAUCGAAUACAGCCCGGAGAAAGGUUCUAGCGGAGCUUUUCCGCAGCCUUUGCUUCAGCUGCAUUGCGAUACUUUGUUGCGGUUGCGAGAAAGGGGUCUUCUGGACUAAUGGGUCAUGUCGAUACGAUCACAGAAAGUGUGUGAUGCACAGAGAGGGAAGAUUUCUGAGCAUUGUCGAGGUCAGAGUGCAGAUGGCAGGAGUCGCUGCCGAUGUGUGUGUGUGUGUGUGUGUGUGUGUGUGUG